AUGCCAAAACCCACCCUCUACUUCUCUCUCACCCUUCUCCUAUUACUCUCUUUCAAUCUUCUCACACAAUGUUCCGAACUCGACGAUGAGUUUGACGAACUCUUAGCAUUAGACCGUGAGUUAGAGCGUGAAACAGAAGCCAAUGGCGUGAAAUCAUCUGAAGCUGAGGUUUUAACCAAAGCUCAAAGGAUCGUUCAUGAGCUUAACAAUGAUAACACUGAGAGAAUUGUUAAUGGGUAUGACCUUGUUCUUGUUUUGGGUUAUGCACCUUGGUGUUCAACAAGCGCUGAACUUAUGCCCCAUUUUGCUGAGGCUGCUAAUUCUUUGAAAGAGCUUGGGAGUUCUCUUGUUUUGGCUAAGCUGGAUGCUGAUAGGUAUCCUAAAUCGGCUUCUUUUCUUGGGAUCAAAGGCUUCCCUACUUUGCUUCUCUUUGUUAAUGGCACCUCUCGACCUUAUUCUGGUGGUUUCACAUCUGAUGAUAUAGUCAUAUGGGCAAGAAAAAGGACCGGUACGCCUGUUAUUCGAAUAGGUACGGAGAAAGCAGCUGAGGAAUUUCUGAAAAAGCAUCACACUUUUCUCAUUGGCCGGUUUGAUAAAUUUGAGGGCCCUGAAUACGACGAAUUUGUGAGUGCUGCAAAGUCCGAUAAUGAAACUCAAUUUGUUGAAGUGAGUAAGGUGGAGCUUGCCCGGGUUCUUUAUCCAGAUAUAAAGCCUACUGAUAACUUUCUUGGGAUUGUUAAGAGCGAACCUGAAAGAUACACCGCAUAUGAUGGAGCUUUCACAUCGGAUAAAAUAAUCGAGUUUUUAGGCUACAACAAAUUUCCAUUAGUUACAAAAAUGACUGAAAUGAAUUCUGUCAGAGUCUACUCCAGCCCAAUAAAGCACCAGGUUUUUGUUUUUGCAAAUAUCGACGACUUCAAGAAUCUUCUUGAUCCACUUCAAGAAGUAGCAAGAACUUUCAAGUCGAAGAUAAUGUUUGUGUAUGUUGAUAUUAACGACGAGAACCUUGCAAAGCCCUUCUUGACGAUGUUUGGACUUGAAGAUUCAACAAAUACUGUGGUAGCUGCAUUUGAUAAAGGAAUGACCUCGAAGUUUUUGUUGGAGUCAAAACCAACACGAAGCAAUAUCGAAGUAUUAUCUUCUGAGUUCUGCAAUAAUCUUGUGCAAGGCUCUUUGUCAACUUACUUCAAGUCGCAGCCGGCUAGUGUCAAAGUUGUUGUCGGGAAAACAUUUGAUGACGAAAUUUUGAACAGCGAGAAGGAUGUGAUUUUAGAGGUAUUCACACCUUGGUGUUUCAACUGUGAGGACACAAGCAAGCAAGUAGAGAAAUUGGCAAAGCACUACAAAGGAUCAAGUAAUCUAGUAUUUUCGAGGAUAGAUGCUUCAGUAAAUGAACAUUCAAAACUGCAAGUGAAUGACUUUCCGACACUCUUACUUUACAAAGCAAAUGAUAAGACGACUCCGAUCAAGCUUCCUACUAAAGCUAGUUUGAAAGAAUUGGCUGCGUCAAUCAACAAACACACAAAAGUCAAGAAUGAAGUUGCGAAAGAUGAGCUAUAG